CAUCCCAAACACAACAAUUCUAUCCUAGACUCCUGAGAUUAAGGUCUCCUUUCUUCACUUGUUCAAAGUUCUCUCUUAUUUACUCAAGUGAAUAAGCAUGAUCAAUCCCAAGAAACUCAUCAAGAUGGCAAGGAAGUGGCAGAAGAUAGCUGCCAUGAAGAGGAAGAGAAUCUCUCUACCAAGAACAGAUGAGGUUUUGGAUGCUGAUGGUUGUAGUACAUCCGCAGUGGCAGAUAAAGGCCAUUUUGUUGUUUACAGUUCUGAUAAGAGACGCUUUGUGAUUCCGUUGGUGUAUCUCAACAAUGAAAUCUUCAGAGAGCUUUUGCAAAUGUCUGAGGAGGAGUUUGGAAUACAAAGUGAAGGCCCCAUCAUAUUGCCAUGUGAUUCAGUCUUCAUGGACUACGUAAUCUCAUUCAUCCAACAUGGUGUAGCAAAAGAUUUGGAGAGAGCUUUGAUUAUGUCUAUAGCUUCCAGUAGCUGUUCUGCUUCUUCACACAUCCUUCAAGGAUACAACAAUGAACAAAUGCUCCUAUGUGCUUUCUGAAGCAAUUGUGCUCAAACUUUGUAAAUCAUCCACACAGUUUUAGUUUGGCUAUAUAGUAUAUACAUCAACAGAAUUUUCGAAGUA